UUCGUAGAUGUCACUUGAAUUAAAAUUGGAAUUUCCCUGCACUCCCUGUACAGAGAGGUAAAAAAAAGGGAUUUGAAACACACACCUGGUUUAUGUCAGAAAGGCACUAGGACCUUGAAGAACUGUCCUGCCUUAUGAGUCAGCCCUAGAUCUGGAGCUCCUAACUCCUGAACCAGUGAAUGAGAGGACAGACAUGUGAAUGGCUCAGCUGGGUUUCAAAGCACUUUGUGGACUGGACUGUGAGAGACUACGAAACCAUUGGAUCAUCCAGGAUUUCAGCACCUUGUAACUCUCACUUCUACAGGAGCACAGCAAAACUCCACUACAGCACUAAGACUGUCCCUUGUACAGAUGGUAUGCUGGGCCUCAACUCAGCACAGCGUUUGGACGCAAUAAAGGCCUCUGGGACAGAGCAGCUUUCCAUUCUGUACACCCAAAGGAGGAGAAAGUAAUGUCCAUGUUGUACUACACUCUGAUUAUAGCAUUUUUGAUCGGCAUACAGGCUGCACCAAAGACCAAAGACCAUGCCCCAGGCGGGACAUCAACAAGACAUCGUAUUCAACACCAGCACACACAUCGAACUAAGUCACUUCACCGGCAUCAUGGGAAAUUAGAGGCACAUGAACCUUCUAUGUUUCACAACAUCACAGUUGAUCCUAAGCUUUUCAGGAGGAGGAAGUUUCGCUCACCAAGAGUUUUAUUUAGCACCCAACCUCCACCAUUAUCAGAAGACCUCCGGAACUUGGAAUAUUUAGAUGAUGAGGAGUCCCUCAAUAAAACUAUCCGGGCUAAAAGAACAGUACAUCCGGUCCUUCACCGGGGGGAAUACUCUGUAUGUGACAGUGUCAGUAUGUGGGUUGGGGAAAAAAACACAGCCACUGACAUCAAGGGCAAGGAAGUAACUGUGCUAGGGGAAGUCAAUAUAAACAAUAACGUUUUCAAACAGUACUUUUUUGAGACCAAGUGUAGAGAUCCAAAGCCAGUGUCAGGUGGAUGCCGUGGGAUUGACUCAAAACAUUGGAACUCCUAUUGUACCACCACGCACACCUUUGUCAAAGCAUUGACCAUGGAAGGGAAGCAAGCAGCAUGGAGGUUCAUACGGAUUGAUACAGCCUGUGUUUGUGUGCUCAGCAGGAAAGGUCGAACCUAAGUGAACUAUUUCCUGCUGUCCCAGCUUCUCCCCACCCCUACCUCAGCCUGUAAAUUAUUUUAAAUUAUAUGGACUGCAUGAUAUAUUUAAAAUUUUUACAAGAGACUAUUUAUUAAAAAGUUUUCAAAACACUGUGUUUUCUACAACUAAAUUUAAUGAGCUUGUUUUGCUGGAAUA